AUGAAGAAGUUACAUGUCGACAGGCCAGAGAAUAUCGACGAUCAUAAGGAGAUCGAUCUGCUGCAGAGGCUUGCAAUAUCUUGGGAGACGGCGCCGGAGCAGCUGGAGGAGGUGACGACGGAAGUCGACGUGUGGCUCCGCGAUCGCGCGGACGAUGCUUGCAUUGCUCUGAGGAAAGCACGGGCGGCGUUGGCGAAGACUCAGAAACUGGAGCAGUCAGAGGCUUCAUUGCAAAAUACCGUUGCCCAUAUGCAGGAGCGAAUGCAAAUACUGCACGAUACGCUGAUAAAAGAACGGACUCUGGCAAUUGUCCAAACUGAAGGUUACAAGACGAUGAUAGACGGUCUGACCAAGUUCGUUUCUUGCCUAAUUCAAGUGUGCAUCCAGGUUGUUGCAUUAAAAGUACAACUCGAAGGUGCACAAGCUUUAACCCAUCGAUAUACCCACAAUCCAUUACCUCGACCUCCUGAGCCCAUUCCCACCGACCAGGUUCCCACUUUCGAGCAGGCCGUCUCUGAAUCUGGCAUGGGCAUGCGAGUCAUCGAGCUCCCUUCAUCACCGCGCCGAUACCCCGAGCCAAUCGCUUCUCCACAUAGAUACCCAUAUGAAAUGGACAGCAAGAGCCAUAGAAAAGGCAAGUCAAGAUCGAAGCAUUACGAUGAGGCCAGUUACCGGUCUUCGCCUUCAAUACAACAGCAACAGCAACAGCAACAGACUGUACAUAAUCCUCAAAAUGGGUCUUCAUCAUAUGUGCCCGCAUACCUAUCAUCAUCGAGAGCGUCGACCCUGCAAUCGCGGCUGGAUAACACUGCCCAGCCUUUGGAUCAGUUCUCGCUGAUGGGCAUGUACCUCAAAGAGUUUUCAGCCGGCUUCGUCAACGGACAGCAAGUGGCCGCUCGUAGUAGGACAUCAACAGCGGCCUCACCGCAAGAAUACCCAGGUAGAAGCUAUACUGCUCUUCCGGCUGAGGCUGGUCCGAGCCGACAUUCAUCAGUGCAGCCUACAGCUGCUUACGAGUCGAGUAGACACGGCUCGGCGAAUUCUAUGUACCAGCAUCGCCAUCACCAAUCUUCGGAUUUGGAGUACAGCAGACGGUCAGAGACGACGCGUCCGUAUAGGCAAGAGGCCCCGCCGUCUAUUAUCUCGUCAUCGACGUCGUCUUUGCAUCAUGAUCGCUCGCGUUCGCGGUCACCUCAUCACCAAUCCCGCCCGCGCUCGCGAACGGGUACGGGCGCCAGUGCUUCCGCUGCCAUGUCGCCAGCACCUCCUGUAGGUCAGGUCCAACCGCUGACAAUCGUACCACCGCCAGCGUCGAUGUACUCGACACCACCUCCCGACCCACCUGUGCGAACCCCCUCACGACGGGAAUCCCGAGAGUCAGCCGGUCCAGCGUCGCCCGUCCUCCUUCUGUCCCCAACUGUACCUCAGUCUCAGCUACAGGUGACUCAGGCGGAAACGCAGCAGCGUGCCCCCUCCAUCGUGUCAGUGCGCACGCACCGCACUGUGCUGAGCAGCGACACCUGGGGCACCGCGCCGCUCUCAAACCUCGAGUCAGGCAGUCUCAUCUCGGGUCUGCGAGCGUUCGCGGCUGGGGCCGAGCCUGUCAUGCUUGGAGGGCAGGAAGCGCCGGUAUUUGGCGAACUGGGUUCGGACGGCGCGAGCGUGCGCACGCGCGCGUCGUUCAGCGAGCCCAGCGGAGGUCCUGGUGCGGGUGCAGGCGAUACGGCGGGUCUGGGGCUGGAGAUGUCCCCGCCCCGCGAGAUCGUCACGAUGGUUGGCGUGUUGCCGCCGGAGGAGGAUCCGGCGGUCGCGUCGUAUACGAACAGCAGCAGUAGGCUCACUGCUGCGAACGAUGCAGCAUAUAGGUCACCGACGGCUGUUGACCCGCGUGCGCAGUAUGGAUGGGGCAUGCAGCAGAACAGCGAUAGUGUAAUUCGCAGUGGAAGUGGAAGGAGUAGGAACGGCUUUGGAUCUGCAUCUGGAUACCAGACUGAUUCAGGAGAUCGGUCUUCUUACAGACACCAACGGCAACAUGAACAGUCGGCAUCAGGCCAAUGGAAUAUUUCCAGCAGUCGUCGUGAUGAUAGACCAUCUUCGGGUACAUACAGGUCGCCGACAUCUGCAGACCAUUACCGCGACCAUCGGGGCGAGCUGUUGUAUCCCCGCGAACGCGAAAGAGAGCGUGAGCGUGAGCGUGAGCGUAGUAGCCAUGCACCUGCCGCUUCCUCUGCCUACUCAUCCAGGAAUGAUGAUGACCGAAGACAUUCGAGCUCGCAUUCGCAUUCACACUCACGUUCGCAGUCCUACUACCGCCACGAUGACAGCCGCUCAAUUUCCUCGAGUGACCGUUACAGCCGCAGCUCGGGCGCAAGUCGCGCGCCACCUAUACAUACGCGAGGCCACCAUCUUCCGCUCCCUGAGGAGUCGCCGUUCCCUUUGACUGUAGAAUCUACGGACGACGACGAUGAUGAGGAGGAGGAAGACGAGGAACAAGAGGAAGACGAGGAAGGAGAGCUUGGUCGUCGCCACGCCGCGCUGGAUCGCCAGCAACAACAUCGCACAAAUAGACACAGGAGUCACAGGGAUAGUAGGGGCAGUGGAUCAAGGAGUGGGCGGGGUUCUGCACCUGCGAUUGAUGCUUCUAGUGGAACUGUGGAAUCUGAGUCGUUUGGAAAUGCACUUGGUCUGCAGUUGACGGCGGGCUCUGCGCCCCUCAGCGCGCCCAGUCCAAACGUUGCAUCCCUGCGAUCGUGGAACCGCGAGCAUUAG